AUGGCCUCCCGCGCCCACAUCCCAGAUUUGUUCCGCCACCCAUUUGGGGGAGACUGGCCGAAGGCCCUGCAUGAUCAAUUGAAAAGACCACGACAAUGCAGUAUCAGUGUUGGAAACGGCCAUGAUUACAUCACUGCGAGGCUGAGAAUCCGUCCGGAUUCACAGUCUCCAUGGCUCGACGUCCAAAUUGGCCCCAUGCACAUCGCCAUCCCUGCCACGCGGGCAGACAUGAGAUUGGUUCUGAAGGGCGCCUCGACUCAGCAGGAUACCUUCAUCGAAGAACACGAGAAGUCCCUACCCACAAGACGGCACAGUUAUCAAACCUGCUUCUUUGAGGUGGACCCAUCAAUUGGCCCUGUGUUCGCUGGUCCGUCUUGGCUGCUGGACGACAACCAACUCGCCAUACUUCGCAAAGUCCAGGCGAUUGAUUGGUCUCACGCGAGUGUCAAAGUCUGGAUUGAGUUCCCAAAUGACUACGUUGGGUUAUUCCGACAAAUCCAGCGCCACGUGAAUGAGUUGGUGAAGCUUGUUCGACAAGCACUUCCCGCCGAGGGAGAAACGCCUUGGACUUGGUAUUCCCAGCGCAAUCCUUUGCCAGAUGCAGAACAGGCACCACGGCGCCCGAAGAUGCCAUGGCUUUUCGAUCAAGAGGAAAACCCGGAAUACCAUAUCUGGGAGACAGCGGUGGACUUCUUUUUGGACGAUAUGGAUCGCCGUUCGCGACUGCUGGAGGCCGCAUUUGUGGAGAAGCACUUCAUAUGGUCCACCUACAAUCACGUCUUUUGCAAGGGCAAGAAGCACGAGGUUAUCUUCGAGCAGUCUGGGCCGAACGAGGCGUAUUGGAAACUCCAUAUCUGGAUGAACGCUGAACCCAAGCCAGCGCCCCCUGACGGCACUCGCGCGAGUUAUGAAGUCGAUUUGGCAGAUCUGGGUAAUCCCAAAUACCCGGGGGUAUACAAGGGUGAUGGAAUCUGCAUCCACUCAACCCAUGCAGAUUUUGCCAUCCUCACUCGUGCGCCCUUCGAAGCCGAGUUGGACGGGCAGACUCGAAAGCUGAUGGCCACCCUGAAGCUCAACCUGAAGUCGACCCAACUGCAGAUCGACGCCCUCGACAUGGCCUCAAGGGUGGUAGCCUUCGGUGACGAUCCUAAGCACCAGGACGAAAAGGGCUACUCACUCCGACGGACCAUUUUAGCACACGGAACCGAGUUGGCCCCAGACAGCCCUUUGGCCUUCUGGUUAAAUGCCCAGAAGAUUUCGACCGUGCCUGAUGAGGAGAAACAAAGGCGGGUCGACUAUAUUUGGCACAAGUUCCCAUUGGAUGAGUCGCAAACCACGGCCGUGCAGAGGUCGGUGUUCGAUGUCUUCGCUGGGAUUCACUUGGUCAAAAGCCCACCUGGCAACGGCAAGACCCGAACCACCGUGGUCAUCCUCUUGAUGCUGGCCAGCCUCAACCUUCCGGUCCUUAUCUGUGCGGGCUCAAAUCAAGCCGUCGACACCCUGUUAAUCGCCUACCAAGGCACCCUUCACAGAGAUGAAAGGCUUCGGAAAUGGUGUGGGGGGUACUGCCGGUUCCGGACCCCGUACUAUCAGAUGGCAUCUCUGCGCCGGGCAAGCCAGGGCCGACCAACCGAGGCGAGAACUAUUCAGCCGUCCUCGUCUGAAAAGGCUCUCGAACCUUGCCAGAUCGAAUCUUUGGUAGUCCAGGAAGCCAAAGAUCACCGCGAACAGCAUCGGCAAGCCCAAGAAUUUCUGGAUGCUUUGGACAAGGAUCGAGCGCAAGGAUUGACCAAACAGGAGGCCCUCCAUCUUCAGCGCAACUACGAGCAUGUGCUCUGCAGGGUUCUGAAAAGGAUCAAGGUUGUCGCCGUCACGCUAAACGCGUCGGGGGACCUUCAUCUGCAAGGCGUUUUCCACCCAUACGCCAUGCUGUGUGACGAGGCCGGUCAAUCUUUAGAGAGCGAUACCAUGAUCGCGUUGACAGGCUAUCUCUCCUUACGGUCGAUCACCUUAAUCGGUGAUCCUGAUCAGCUCCCCCGACGAUUGGUGAGCUGCUACCCCCUCACGUUGCUAAACAUCAACUACCGAUGCCACCCUGAUAUUCUCGAUUGGCCCGCGAAGGCGAUCUACAAGAGCUCGAUCACUGCUAGUGGUGAGAACGCCAAGGCCGAACGUGUGGGGAAUGUAUGGGAAGCAUUCACCCGUUCCCUCCACCAUUUCCAGGUCAGGGGGCUUGUUGGGAAGCGGCGUCUUUUCAUUGAUGCCGAAGGGGUGGCGGAACAUCCAGAAGGAUCCAUGUCGUGGCGCAACGAUGCCCAUAUCAAUGUCGUGAUGACAUUUCUCAAGGCAUUGUAUGCGAAGACAUGCCCGGCCGGCCGCAUCACUCCCGCCGACGUGAUGUUGAUCUGCCCCUACAAGGAGCAGGUGAAACGAGUCGUUGAGCGCUUCGCCAACGAGGGGGUGGAAUACGGCCGUUGUGUGACGGUGGACGGCUCUCAAGGCCAAGAGUCGAAUGUGGUGAUUUUCAUGUUCACCAAACCGCGCACCGCGGAGCUCACUGGACUGGGCUUCUUGUCCAGUUACCAGCGGUUGAACGUGGCCAUGACGCGCGCCAAGAAGCUGAUGAUCGUGGUCGUCAACAUGCGCAUCUGGAACGAGAGGUUUGUCGCGAUUGCAAAGUCGCGCAACACCAGAUUCUUGGCCGGCCUUCUCCAGCAUGCGGUCGACAAGCGCGACGUUCUGAGGUGGGAAGGCCCGUCAACCCUCAACAGGCCCUUCGAAUCUGCCGGCCCCCCUCAACCCAGCGCCGCGACCCGCCCAGCCCGCCUCCAGGCAGCCUCCGCGCCCGGCUCAAGCUGCCCCCCGCCCCCCGCACAGCCCCCACGGCCCCCUCAAUCUGGUCCUGCCUCCAGACAGCCUCCACAGCGCCCACAAAGUGGCCCUGCUUCCCGGCCCCCCACAGCCGCCCCCCGCCCAUCUUCAUCCCCCCAGCAGAAAGCCCCGGUAGCGCGCGAAACGCCCUCCCCGCGCAAGAACGUGAGGCCAACUGCCGAUGACGACCUAACCAAGGUCACUCCAAAGCUUCAGGACGUAUCUCUGUCCGAUGCUGACAAGCAGGCCAGAAAGAGGGAUCGGGAUCGACGGCGCGCGGAGGCCCAAGCGGUUUUGGCAGCGAUCGCGGCAGAGGAGGAGGAAGAGGAGUAG